UCUCGAUUCCGAGACGCGUGCGUUUGCGGUAGGCGGCACCGGCUGAACGGUCGGCACUGUUUAUGUGAUUUUCGCGCAGUUAUGAUUUAUUAUCGUUGUAAGAACUAUCUUUAACGGCUGCUUAAAGAGCCGGCUGCUCCUCUGGUCUGCGCUGUUGGCCGCGCCCGUCGGCGCACGCGACAUCAUCAUGCUCCUGGCGCGGAUCGUCCGUGGCGCGCUCAAGAUCCGCUAUCUGCUCCUCGGCGGCACUCUGGCCGGCGGCUACUCCAUCCAGAAGUCUUAUGAAGACUUUAAGAAGGGUCUUCCAGAUGUGGGCUGGUUGAACAAUAUUCUGCCUUCGAAUGAAUCGGUCGACGCAUUCAGGGGCAAGAUGAUCACGUUCAAGGAUAAGUUCAGGGAUUCGUUUUCUGCCAUCGAAUUCGAUCCGAAGACAAAGGAGCUGUAUGGAGACAAGAUGACCGACUUCCGCGAAUGGUUCCAGCAGCGGCUGGACGACGCUAUCAAGGCUUCGGAGGGUGCACCGUCCGGCGACCCAGGUUUGCGUUUCCUUGGCCUUGGACCAUUUCAAACAGACCCCGGUGAUGGUGACCCGAUGGAGGCCGCGCCGGCCGCCGCGUUCGCCUUCACACGGCCCACCACCACCUCUGGAGACGACACGAAGCAGAACGUGACGAUGCAGCAGAAGCUGGACUCGCUGCAGCAGGAGCUGGCGGAUGUGCAGCUUAAAUAUCAGCGCGAGCUCGAAAAGGUCGAACGCGACAACAAGGAGCUGCGCAAGCGUCUGCUGCUGCGCGGGAACGAGACGGUGGUGCAGAGGAAAAUCAAGAAGUCAUUGAUUGACAUGUAUAGCGAGGUGCUGGACGAGCUGAACGACUACGACUCGUCAUACAGCACGCAGGACCACCUGCCGCGGGUGGUGGUAGUGGGUGAUCAGAGCUCCGGCAAGACGUCCGUCCUCGAGAUGAUAGCACGCGCCAGAAUAUUCCCCCGCGGUGCCGGCGAAAUGAUGACCCGCGCCCCGGUCAAGGUGACCCUCUCGGAGGGCCCAUACCACAUUGCCCAGUUCAAGGACUCCAGCCGCGAGUUUGAUCUGUCCAACGAGACUGACCUCAGGGAUCUCAGAAAAGAGGUGGAGCUGCGCAUGCUGAACUCGGUGCGCGGCGGCAAGACGGUGAGCCAGGAGGUGAUUUCGAUGACGGUGCGCGGCCCGGGCCUGCCGCGCAUGGUGCUGGUGGACCUGCCGGGCGUCAUCAGCACCGAGACGGUGGAGAUGGCCGUGGACACGCGCCAGGCCAUCAGCGCCAUGUCCGAGAACCAUAUGGCCAACCCCAACGCCAUCAUCCUCUGCAUACAGGACGGCAGCAUUGACGCCGAACGGAGCAACGUUACGGAGCUAGUUUCAAAAAUGGACCCGACUGGCAAGCGAACGAUUUUUGUGCUGACGAAGGUGGAUUUGGCUGAGCAGAAUUUAGCCAACCCGGACCGAAUACGGAAGAUCCUCUCGGGCAAGCUGUUUCCGAUGAAAGCGCUCGGCUACUUCGCCGUUGUCACUGGGCGCGGCAGCAGUGACGACAGCAUCGACGAGAUCAGGAACUACGAGGAGCAGUUUUUCCAGAAGUCUUCGCUCUUCCGUGAUGAACUCUGCCAGUGUACCACACGCAACCUCAGCAUGGCCGUCUCCGAGUGCUUCUGGAAGAUGGUGCGGGAGACGGUGGAGCAGCAGGCGGACGCCUUCAAGGCCACUCGCUUCAAUCUCGAGGCUGAGUGGAAAAACAACUUUCCCGGGCUGCGUGAGCUGGACCGGGACGAGCUGUUCGAGAAGGCGCGUGGCGAGAUCCUUGACGAGGUGGUCAACCUCUCGAUGGUGUCGCCCAAACAGUGGGAGGAGGCGCUCAACAAGCGACUGUGGGAGAAGAUGGUGUCCUACGUGUUCGAGAAGAUCUACUUGCCGGCUGCGCAGAGCGGCAAUGCAGGUACCUUCAAUACCACGGUGGACAUCAAGCUGAAGCAGUGGGCGGACGACAGCCUGCCGAGACGCUGCGUCGAGGUCGGCUGGGAGACUCUCGAGGAGGAGUUCAAGCGCUUCAUGUCUCGCUCCGAGCGGCGGCGAGACCACGACAGCCUGUUCGACCCGGUGAAGCGCGCGGCGGUGGAGCAGGCGCUGCACGACCACGACUGGGAACAGCGCGCCGUCGAGCUGCUGCGCGUCAUCCAGCUGAACGCGCUGGAGGACCGGGCCGUGCACGACAAGCGGCACUGGGACGCCGCCGUGCAGUUCCUCGAGGAGAGCAUCAAGGACAGGCUGCAGACGACAGAGCAGAUGCUGCGCGAGAUGACGGGCCCGGGCGUCUGGGAGCGCUGGCUGCACUGGCGCUCCGCUACCAGCGAGCACGUCCGGAGGGCGGCCGUCCGCACCGAGCUCGAUAAGGCUCUGCACGCCGACUACGAGCACCCGCCCCAGCUGGGCUACGACGAGAUCAUGGCCAUCCGCAACAAUGUCAAGACGAGCUCGGGUCUGGAGGUGGACAACGAGCUGAUCCGGGACACGUGGCGGCCCGUCUACCGGCGCUUCUUCCUGCGCAAGGCCCUGGCGCGCGCCUACGACUGUCGCAAGGCGUUCUGGCUCUACCACCAGGACGUGGCCGAGCAGGAGUGCGACUGCAAUGACGUAGUGCUCUUCUGGCGGAUCCAGCAGAUGAUGCGCACCACGGCCAACACGCUCCGUCAGCAGAUCAUCAACCGCGAGGCGCGCCGGCUGGAGAAGCGGAUCAAGGAGGUGCUGGAGGACUGGAGUCUGGACGCCGAGAAGAAGCGCACGCUGCUGACCGGCCGUCGGGUCAGCCUUGCCGAGGAGCUGAAGCGGGUCCGCCAGGUGCAGGAGCGGCUCGAGGAGUUCAUCAAUGCUCUGCAGGACGAAAAGUGACGGGUGAACCGUGCCGACCCACUCCAGAACCAAACGUGCGUGAGAUAUCGACGCACUUUAGAGCAACAAGGGUUGUUAGGAGUAUGCCACGCGGCGUGCUCAAGGACGAAACUGAACUUUGCGAGAGUGCAUGAAUGAGCAUGAGCUAUGCGUGGGGUUUUGCAUCCCUGGAACAAAACCGGAACUGCAAUAUGAUCGCCAUCAUGACCCGUUGUUAGUGGCGAAGGGCGGCAGGACCCCUCGAGUUGUUCAGCCGGCACGUAAGCCGGGUAUGCCAGCUUGCCUCGGGAUAAUUCUGCGAAAGGCAUCGAGUUGGAAGCAGGCACUGUGAUCUGUCCAGCCUGCGUGCCUGACGUGCCGCCACAUGGUGCCCGUGUUGGCCGGUAGCGUGCGUCUAGCGCCAGUGAAGUCCGUUUGCUGUGAAUCCCGUCGUCCAGGGCUCUCCGGAGACUUUGGACUUUACUGGGGGCGGAGAGCGUGGCCGUCGAUUGUUGCGUUGGGCAUACUGAGCGGUUGAGAAGGGGCAGGACGCAUUGAAUGCAUCCGUGGAUUACCUGGCGACGACGUGCUAGGGCAAGUCUAUGACGUCACGGCCGAUUGCGUGAGACGGCGCGCAGCCGGUUCCGAUUGGUGAGCCUUGCAGCCCGGUGCUGAAGGCUUUGCGAUGUUUGUACUGUUUUGUUACCGACCAGCCGGAGAGAGACGAGGGGUAGCUCAUCUGAGCGCGUACUCUGGUCAACAGGGACAGCUCGUCUGAGGGCGUACUCCUGUAAACAGACGACUUGUAGGGUGCUCUGAAGCUUUAGUGGUGCCGCGGUCCGCGCAGGCGAUUUCAUGUCUUCAGUCAAUAAAUCCUGUGAUCGUGC